CAGUGAGCGAGCAUCCCCCAGGCGGGAUUAAAGUGAGAAGCACAUAGAAAUCAUACAUAAAAGUUGCCGUUUAGUGCAGCUUAUUCUGUGCGAGAUUGCCGUUCGAACCGUGCAUCGUAGCUUUUGAAGGAGUUAACCCACAGAGCAGCGCGACUGCGGCGUAAUACAAGUUGUUUUUAGGCUGAUCAAAAUAUAUACUCCACCCACAGCAGUGGCCUCUUCGCGGUGAGUGUGCGUGCGUGUGCGUGGUUUGUGUGCCAGCAUACCGGGAAGAGUUUGAGCGAGCGAGAACGAGACGGCGCGUGAAGUAACAACACCAGCAUCAUCAGCUUCAGUGAGCCUUUUUUUGGGGCCCGGCCGUGCGUGCGAAAGAGUGCGAGACACAACAAAAAUGGCUUCUUUUAGAAAUGCGCACAAGAGCCUAUCGGUCGAGGAGCGUGCCGAGAUGAAGGAGAAAUUCGAAGAGAUCGAUGCGAACAAAGAUGGUUUCAUAGAGCUGAAGGAGCUGAAGGAAGCGCUCGAUCAGGUCGGCUUCAAGCUGCCCGGCUACCAGAUACGGCUGAUGAUUGACGAGUACACGAACAAGCAGCGCUCGCAGCACAUGGGCAAACUGUCGUACGAUGAGUUCGAGUUGCUCUGCAUGGACCUGAAGGCGAAGGACGUGGCGAGCACGUUCAAGAAGGUGGUGUCGAAGAAGGAAAACCUGGAAACGCUCGGCGGGAUGUCGGACUCGUCGGCCGCCGGUACGACACACUCGGUGCGCGUCGAGGAGCAGCUCGCGUUCAGCGACUGGAUCAACUCGAACCUGGUGCACGAUCCGGACCUCAAGCACCUGCUGCCGCUCGAUCCGGAGGGCAAGCAACUGUACGACAAGAUGAAGGACGGUAUACUGCUGUGCAAGAUCGUCAACCACUCCUGCCCGGACACCAUCGACGAGCGCGCCAUCAACAAGAAGAACCUGACCGUCUACACCAAGUUCGAAAACUUGACGCUGGCCCUCGUGUCCUCGCAGGCGAUCGGUUGCAAUAUCGUCAACAUCGAUGCGCACGAUCUGGCCAAAGGCAAACCGCACCUGGUGCUGGGUCUGCUCUGGCAAAUCAUCCGUAUUGGGCUGUUCAGUCACAUCACACUCGACAGCUGCCCCGGACUGGCGACACUCCUAUCGGACGGUGAGCGGCUCGAGGACCUCAUGAAGUUGUCGCCGGAAGCAAUACUGCUGCGAUGGGUGAACCACCACCUGGAGCGGGCCGGUAUCGCGAGGCGUUGCACCAACUUCCAGAGCGACAUCUCCGACUCGGAGGUAUACUCCUACUUGCUGAACCAGAUUGCCCCCAAGGACGCUGGUGUUAACUUGGAAGCACUCAGGGAACCAAACGCCUUAAACCGUGCCGAAGUGAUGCUGCAGCAGGCCGCCAAGCUCAACUGCCGCUCGUUCGUCACCCCGCAGGAUGUGGUCAAUGGUGUCUACAAACUGAACUUAGCUUUUGUGGCGAACCUCUUCAAUAACCACCCGGGCUUGGAUCAGCCGGAGGAAAUCGAAGGGCUCGAGUCGAUCGAGGAAACGCGCGAAGAGAAAACGUACCGUAACUGGAUGAACUCGAUGGGUGUGAAGCCGCACGUCAACUGGCUGUACUCGGAUCUGGCGGACGGGUUGAUCAUCUUCCAGCUGUGCGACAUCAUCCAGCCGGGAAUCGUGCAGUGGAAGCGCGUCCACCAGAAGUUUACGCCACUGCGGAAGUUCAUGGAGAAGCUGGAGAACUGUAACUACGCGGUCGAACUGGGCAAACAGCUCAAGUUCUCGCUCGUCGGCAUUGCCGGGCAGGAUCUGAGCGAUGGCAAUGCGACGCUCACCUUGGCCCUCAUCUGGCAGUUGAUGCGUGCGUACACGCUGUCGAUUCUGUCGCGCCUUGCCAACACCGGUAAUCCGAUCAUCGAGAGGGAGAUCGUACAGUGGGUCAACUCGAAGCUCCAGAAUGCCGGCAAGCGCACGAGUAUGAAAAACUUCCAAGACUCGGCCAUCGCCGACGGCAAGAUCGUGAUCGACCUGAUCGACGCCAUCAAGCCGGGCAGCAUCAACUACGACAACGUUCGGGAAGGUGGCAACGCCGAGGAGAACCUCGAGAACGCAAAGUACGCCGUAUCGAUGGCGCGCAAAAUCGGUGCACGGGUGUACGCCCUGCCGGAGGACAUUACCGAGGUGAAAUCGAAGAUGAUCAUGACCGUGUUUGCGUGCCUCAUGGCGAUGGACUACGUACCGACCAUGGACGUCAAGACGACACCGCCGGUCGCGUCUGUGUCGCCGCAGCAGCAGCAGCCGUACAAUAACGGAUUGGCCGCUUCCCCCGAACCGAAACCGAUGGUGGAGAUCGUCGAAUCAGAACCCGCUGCUGCCGUCGUUACGAAUGGCAACGGAACGUUGGAAGAGAAUCACGACACGGACGAAGUGGUCGUCGGGGCCACGAUACAACCGACGGCAGUAUCUCCGACACCACCGUCGACAGCCAACGCCGUUAUCGAUGAGUUUGCUGAUUGAACGAACGGAGCAUUGAAAGGACUGCGAUGCGACGGAUAACGAAACCGAAUCGCGGUCAUCGUGCUUGGCGAUAUGAUGUCAGUGAUCAGUCAAUACAAUACGUGGGUUAAGCGGGACGCUACGUGACUAAUGCAACCAGGCCGAGAAAUUGUUUGCGUGUAAGCAACGGUAUGCGUGUGUUUUGUAUGUAUGUACGUAUGUUGUGUACGUAAGCGUGUGACUGUCCGUUUGUGCGUGCGAUAGCCUUUAAGAUUGUAGAAGUCCCCACUGUCUCCACCCCCGGGGGCCAUCACGUGGUUACGAGAUGAUGUAAGCUUGCGUGGCCGGACAACCAAGCAUCCGCGGUCGGUACGAGCAAGUGGGGACUACUCGUUUCGGAUUUAAUGCAAUAAUAACUAAUACGGACAUCUAUUGUAACAAUUAUAAUAAUUGUAGUGGUAACGAUAAAAAAAAUGACGAACGAGAGUUAUAAACGCACGUUUGAGGCACUGCGAACGUGUAUGAGUUUCCGUUUUUUUAAUGUCCCGAAGCUUUGAAGUGGGCUGAAAAUGUGCUGGUAUUAUUUUGUGCUUUUACUUUUAUCAGCAACCGCUUGCAAUGCCACAAAGAUUCACGGAAAGGGUAUUUUAUGGAAAGAAUGUUUCCAACAGAAUGGCAAUCAGAACUACUCUCAAACCAGCAAACCGCAGAGAAACUCUCUGACCUUACAGCGCAGCAGUGAAGGGUCUCGAGUAACUCCCGCAAGUUUGAGUAUAAAAUAAAAUGAAUACACAUACAAAAUGCAGAACGUGCCAAAAGAUGAGUUAAAGAAACGGAAAGAUGAAUUGCUGCUGGUUUGGCUCCUAAAGUUAUUUUUUGCAGGCCUCGGACGUUGGUGUGCAAUCCGUGGGCCCCCGGGGCUGGGUUGUGCUUUUUUGCUUUUCGCCCGUCUAUUUUUCUGGCAUCCUUACGCGCACCAUCGCAAGCAGUGCGAAAGGAACUCGACUCAACAUUUCGUGAGAAGAUUGUGCAACGUUCAGCGUAAAAUGGAUUUGUUCACAUUUAAGAAAGGAAUUGUGUUAUUUAGCAAAAAGGGGGGGAAUAAUGACCCUAAGGUUUCCUGGGAAGUGACAAAGGGAACGCGUGCAACAAUUUAGCUAAACAUAUAUCUACGAUUUGGUGACUACGAAUAGUUUGUUUUCCCCUUCUUGUGCUUAAUUUUAACCGAAUCGUUCCAUUUUGUCUCACUAAACAGAAAACGGAACCUCUAUACGCCCCGGGAAAGAUCACGCUGAACGUGAUCCGAUUGGUGCGGGAUUUAUAUUGAUGAAACUAAUCAUCUGUAACGCAGUAUUAGGCUUCAUUAACGUAGAUAAAGGAAUGGGGUCAAAGCAUAAGUCAAAGUAAUGCGCCGAUGUAUAACGAAACGAUACAAGUGUACAGGACAAAGGAAAUCGCAUUCAUAUCGUUACAGGCUAAGUGAGCCUUAGUUUGUGCUUUUGGUUUGUUUUGUUUUUUCUCUUCCUUUUUUUUAACCAUUAGAUUGAUAAGUAGCAAUACGAAUCCGCUUGAAGAAACAAUUUAAACACGGAACCCCAGGGACAUCGGAAUGAGGAAGCCAGAAACAGGAAAAGUGGACGCGUGUGCUUAGAGCAAGUUAGAAGAAAACGGGGCGUUGUGUCUAAUCAGCUUAUAAUGGAAUUAAAAACAAACCAUUAAUCAUAACCUACGUUAAAGUUUCCGUACUAAUUUGUGUGUUAAGAUGGAAAAAAGCGUCCCGGCAGGGAUGCGAAUGCAUUCCUGUCACCUGGGAAUUGAGCCCCGAGCCGAAUUGAUUAGUCGUUAAAACGACAUCACCCCGUUUACAAUCCAAAACUCACUGCACCCCCUUAUUUCCUACACUUUAACCGUGUGUUGAGUCCACACCGCGGCAGCGGCUCGGAAAAAUAUAUGGUUUAAGGCAUCAAAGUUGCGUGAACAUUUAAAUAAUUCAACAAACAGCUUAUUAUGUGCCCUGUAACGAUGCGGCCGUAUCGGAAUGGAGCAACGGCUGGUGCCAAGUCCCUGACACGGUGUGCAACUAAUUUAACGAUACGUUCUUCUGCUCAGCGUCGACUUUUCAAUUCAAAUACAAUGAGGAUGGGCUUCAACAUCUGUCACAUGCGGUAUUAGUCGUAGGGUCACAGGCUUUGGAACCAGGAUACGGGAAAAAGAGAAUCGUUUAUUUGCUCGCAUGAAA